AUGAGCAGCCCAUGUCUGCUGCGCGCUGCCCCUAUCAGCCAACCCCGGCUCCGGGAGGUCAAGAUCAGCCUGAAGGCCAGCAGCAGGGAGACCACAGCCAUCCGGAGCAGCGGCGGAGGGACCAAGGAGGCUGCCAGCCGGCCCUAUGCCCCAGCAGAGAAGGAGGCCCCUGUUCGGGUCGGCAUGAGCAUCAGCCGGAGCCGGAGCACCCCGCCGGUCCACCGGACCCAGAGAACCGAAAGCAGGAAGACAGCGAGGGGGAGUAGCAGCAGCAGCAGGAAGCAGCAGGAGCUUGAACCCCAGCCAGAGAGGAACGGCACUAUCCUGCACAUCCCGGUCGCCGUGACACCCGUGGGACUCUCCCCCUUCUCUUCAUCCUCCUCCUCGUCCUCCUCGUGCACCCCAAGACGUCAGCGGCCCUCUCACCCUCAACCUCCCCCACCCUCCUCUCCUCCUCCUCUUCCUCCUGCUAAAAGUAUGAAGCGGGCGCGCUGGCUGAGUUACAGCACCUCCAACAUCUGUUUCAACUCCAUCCUGGAUGGACGCUUCAGGCAGCUGCAAGAUGAGCGUGAGGCGGUUCAGAAGAAGACCUUCACUAAAUGGGUCAACUCGAUCUUGUCCCGGGUCGGCUGUCGCAUCUCUGACCUCUACCUGGACCUGCGGGAUGGACGCAUGCUCAUUAAACUGCUGGAGGUGCUGUCCGGCGAACGACUUCCAAAACCCACUAGAGGCCGAAUGCGUAUCCACUGUUUGGAGAAUGUGGACAAGGCUCUGCAGUUCCUCAAAGAGCAGAGGGUCCACCUGGAGAACAUGGGCUCCCACGACAUCGUUGAUGGCAACCAUCGCCUCAUCCUCGGCCUCAUCUGGACCAUCAUCCUUCGCUUCCAGAUCCAGGACAUUAUUGUGGAAACAGGCCAGGCGGACCAGAAGGAGACGCGCUCAGCCAAGGACGCUCUUCUUCUGUGGUGUCAGAUGAAAACGGCAGGGUAUCCCAAUGUCAACAUCAAAAAUUUCACCACCUGCUGGAAAGACGGCAUGGCCUUCAACGCUCUCAUACACAAACACCGGCCAGAUUUGGUGGACUAUAACAAGCUGAAGAGGUCAAACCCGACCCACAACCUCCAGAGCGCCUUCAACGUCGCGGAGCAGCAGCUUGGCGUGACCAAGCUGUUGGACCCCGAAGAUGUGUUCACAGAGAACCCUGAUGAGAAGUCCAUCAUCACGUACGUCGUGGCAUUUUACCACUACUUCUCCAAGAUGAAGCAGCUCGCAGUCGAGGGAAAGAGAGUUGGAAAGGUUCUGGAUCACGCCAUCGAGACAGAGAAGAUGAUUGAUAAGUAUGAGACGCUGUCGUCAGACCUGCUGACGUGGAUCGAGCAGACCAUCGUCGUGCUGAACAACCGGAAACUUGCCAACUCUCUGACUGGAGUUCAGCAGCAGCUUCAGGCCUUCAACACCUACCGCACGGUGGAGAAGCCGCCCAAGUUCCAAGAGAAGGGAAACCUGGAGGUGCUGCUUUUCACCAUCCAGAGUCGUAUGAGGGCCAACAACCAGAGGGUUUACACGCCUAAAGAGGGAGCCCUGGUCGCAGAUAUCAACAGAGGCUGGGAGCGUCUGGAGAAGGCGGAGCACGACCGGGAGCGAGUCCUGAGAGACGAGCUGAUCAGACAGGAGAAGCUGGAACAGAUGGCGAGAAGAUUCGACAGGAAGGCUGCCAUGAGGGAGACCUGGCUCCUGGAGAACCAGAGGCUAGUGGCUCAGGAUAACUUUGGUUACGACCUGCCAGCUGUGGAGGCAGCGAAGAAAAAGCACGAUGCCAUUGAGACUGACAUCGCUGCGUAUGCGGAACGUGUUCAGGUCCUGGUGGACAUCUCGAAGGAGCUGGAGUCUGAGCGAUACCAUGACGCCAAACGCAUCGACGUGCGGAAAGAUAACAUCCUUCGCCUGUGGGACUACCUGCAGGAGCUGCUGAAGGCUCGCAGGGCGCGUCUGGAUAAGAACUUGACCCUGCAGAGGAUCUUCCAGGAGAUGCUGUACAUCAUCAGCUGGAUGGAUGACAUGAAGGCUCGACUUCUGUCUCCUGACUAUGGGAAACACUUGUUGGAAGUUGAAGAUUUGCUACAGAAACACGCUCUGUUAGAGAACGACAUCGCUCUGCAGGCUGACAGAGUGCAGGGCGCCAGUGCUGCUGCUCUCAAGUUCGCCAACGGAGAAAGCUACAAGCCAUGUGAUCCUCAGGUGAUCCGGGACAGGGUGCAGCACCUGGACUUGUGCUACCAGGAGCUCUGUGCCCUGGCGGCCCAGCGAAGAGCUCGCUUGGAACAGUCCCGGCGCUUCUGGAACUUCUUGUGGGAGGUGACAGAGCUGGAGAGCUGGAUUAGGGAGAAGGAGCACCUUUUCUCCUCCCUGGAUUAUGGCAAGGACCUGACGAGCGUGCUGGUGCUCCAGAGCAAACACAACGCCUUCGAGGACGAGCUCGGAGCCCGACGCGCCAACCUCGACCAGGUCUUGGCCGAAGGAGAUAAGAUGAUCCAGGCCAAGCACUUUGGCUCCCCCAAGGUACAAGAAUCCAUGGACGACAUCAGCAGGCAAUGGCAGCAGCUGGAGGAGCUGGCUGCGUUUCGGAAACAGAACCUCCGGGACACCCAGAGGUUCUUCCAGUUUCAGGGAGACGCUGAUGAACUCAAGGCCUGGCUGCUGGACGCCAAGAGGCAGAUGAGCAGUGACGACAUGGGCCACGACGAAUACACCACCCAGCGGCAACUGAAAAAGCACAAGGACCUGAAGAAUGAAACAAUCAAGAACGGAGCUACCAUAGAUGCUCUAUCCAAACAGGCCAAUGCGCUGCCAGAGGAGCUACAAAACACCCCUGAUAUCCAGAGACGUCUGAAGGACAUCAAGGACCUGUACAUGGAGCUCAUGUCGCUGGCUGACCUGAGACAGAAGAAGCUGGAUGACGCUAUGGCCCUGUACACCAUCUUCAGUGAGACAGACGCCUGUGAGCUCUGGAUGGGUCAGAAGGAGACGUGGUUGGUGGGUUUGGAGGUCCCUGAGAAGUUGGAGGAUCUGGAAGUAGUACAGAAUAGGUUGAGCAUUCUAGCUCAAGAUAUGGCCAACGUUCAGUCGAGAGUUGAUGACGUCAAUAAAGCUGUGAAACAGCUCGAGGACAGCAGACACCCUCGCACAAAAGAGGUCAAAGAAUGUCAGAUGCGACUGAAUAAGAGGUGGGAGGCCUUCAAGGCCAUGGUGGAGGACAAGAAGAGGAAAGUGGAUUCUGCCGUUAGUCUAAACAACUACGGGCUGGAAUGUGACGAGACAGGGACCUGGAUAAAAGACAAGACACGGGUGAUCGAGUCCACACAGGACUUGGGCAAUGACCUGGCAGCCGUUAUGACCAUACAGAGGAAACUGUUUGGCAUGGAGAGAGAUCUUGCCGCCAUCGAGAACAAGCUCACCUUCCUGAGCAAAGAGGCCGACCAGCUGGCUAAGGACCACCCGGAUAACGCAAAUUACAUUUUAGCCUGCAGAGGGGAGCUGGACACAGCCUGGGAUGCGCUAAAGAAGACCCUGAAAGACAGAGAGGACUCUUUAGGCGAGGUCAGCAAGUUACAGACCUUCCUCCAGGACAUGGAUGACUUCCAGUCCUGGCUUUUCAAGACCCAGAAGGCCGUGGCAUCGGAGGAAAUGCCGGCCUCUAUGCCCGAGGCCGAGGAGCAGCUCAGCCUUCACGACGCAGUGCGUGAAGACAUAAACAACCACGAGGAGGACUAUCACCGUGUGAGGGACACCGGGGCCCAGGUCACCCAGGGUCAGGAGGAGGAUCCUCAGUACCAGCAGCUGGAGCAGAGGCUGAAGGGGCUGGACCGUGGUUGGGUUGAGCUGCAGAAGAUGUGGGACAGCCGCAAGAACUUCCUGGACCAGGGUCUGGGCUUCCAGCAGUUCAUGAGGGAUGGCAAGGCUGUAGAUGCCAUCCUCAACAACCAGGAGUACACCUUGGCGCACAUAGACAAGCCAGACACCUUGGCCGGGGCAGAGAAAGCUCUGAAGAAGCAUGAGGACUUUGUGAGCACCAUGGAGGCCAACGAGGACAAGAUUGACGGCACUCUGCAGGGCGGACAGCGGCUGGUGGACGGAAACAACCUGUACUCUGGGAAAGUGCAGGACAAAAUGGACUCAAUCCGAGACAGGCAUAACAAGAAUAACAGAAGAGCCCAGGAGGUGUCAGAAAAGCUAAAAGACAACCGCGACCUGCAGCACUUCCUGCAAAACACUCAGGAUCUGACUGUUUGGAUCAACGAGAAGAUGCUGACAGCUCAGGACACGUCGUACGAUGAGGCAAGGAACCUCCACAGCAAAUGGCUGAAACAUCAGGCCUUCAUGGCCGAGCUGGCCUCCAACAAGGACUGGCUCAACAACGUAGACCAGGAGGGUCAGGAGCUCAUGGAGUCCAAGCCUGAGUUAGAGCCCAUCGUGAAGGAGCGUCUGGCCAAACUCCACGAGCUGUGGGAGAAGCUGGAGUCCACAACCCAGGAGAAAGCCCGGCUGCUGUUUGAUGCCAACCGGUCUGAGCUGUUCGACCAGAGCCUGACUGAUAUGAAGAAGUGGCUCGGUGGGCUGCAGCAGCAGCUACAGAGCGGCGACGAAGACGUCAAAGACCUGACUAAAGCCAACAUCCUGCUCAAGAAGCAUCAGAUGACAGAGAACCAGGUGCGUGACCGGGCGCGGGAGCUGGAGGAGCUCCAGGAGGCCGUCAUGAAGCACGGCGGAGGGAGGGAGGACCAGCCGGAACUUGAGGCCGAGCUGCAGGCCCUGCAGAGGGACUUCCAGCAGCUCCUAACACCACAGGCCCAGCGCAAGGGCAAGCUGGAGGCCGUUAAAGCUGUCCAUCAGUUCUACAGAGACCUGGCCGAUGAACUUCUCUGGAUUGAGGAGAGGAUGCCCCUGGCAGUGUCACAAGAGCACGGACACAAUCUUCAAACUGUGCAAAUGCUGCUGAAGAAGAACCAGACAUUGCAGAAGGAGAUCGAAGGCCACCAGCCUCGUGUUGACGAAGUGCUAGAGCGAGGAAGGAGGAUGGCGGCGGCCGCCAGCGCUGAGGGCAGACCGGAGGCAGAGCGGAUCACGGACCAGCUGAAGGAGCUGAAGGAGGCGUGGGCCCGGCUGCAGGACGAGAUGGCCAAGCGCAGGGAGAGGCUGAGCGGCUCCAGCUUGGCCCAGCAUUACUACAUAGACGCGGAUGAGGCCGAGGCCUGGAUAGGGGAGCAGGAGCUUUACAUGAUUGCAGAUGAAAAGGCCAAGGACGAGCAGAGUGCCAUGCUGAUGCUGAAGCGCCACAUGAUUCUUAAGCAAGCCGUGGAUGACUAUGCUGACUCCAUUCAGAGGCUGGCUGACCGAGCCCAAAAAAUGUUUGCUGAAGACCAUCCCGAUGGUGAGGAGAUCAUCAGGCGACAGAGCCAGGUGGAUAAGCAGUAUGCAGGGCUGAAGGAGCUGGCGGAGGACCGCAGAAAGAAGCUUGACCACACCUACCAACACUUCCUGCUGAGCCGAGAGGUGGAGUACCUGGAACACUGGAUCGCAGAGAGAGACAUGGUGGCCUCCUCUCAGGAGAUGGGCCAGGACCUGGACCACGUAUCGCUUCUGAGGGACAAGUUCCGAGAGUUUGCCCGGGAGACGGGGAUGGUGGGUCAGGAGCGAGUGGACCUGGUCAACGAGACGAUAGACGAACUGAUCGAAGCCGGCCACACCGAGGCAGCCACCAUGGCAGAGUGGAAGGACACCAUCAAUGACAGCUGGGCUGAUCUGCUGGAGCUCAUCGACACUCGCGCUCAGCUCCUCACUACAUCUUACGAGCUGCUCAAGUACUUUGAUGAUGGAAAGGAGCUCGUCGCUCAGAUCCACGAAAAGCAGAAAGAGCUGCCCGAUGAUGUGGGAGAAGACUUCAGCAAAGCCGAGUCCUUCCACAGAAUGCACGCCGCCUUUGAGAGAGACAUCACCGCUCUAGGCAAACAGGUCCAACAGUUCCAGGAGACCGCUUCACGACUUCAUGCCCAGUAUGCAGGGGGACAAGCGGACGCCAUCCAGGGUACAGAACGAGAGGUGGUGGAAGCCUGGAAAGGCCUGCUCGAUGCCUGCGAUGGCCGCAGGGCGCAACUGGUGGACACGGCAGAGAAGUUCCGCUUUUUCACCAUGGUGCGAGACCUGAUGGCCUGGAUGGAGAGCAUCAUCCAGCAGAUCGAGACUCAGGAGAAACCCAGGGACGUCUCAUCUGUGGAGCUUCUGCAGAAGUACCACCAGGGGAUCCGCUCAGAGAUCGAGACCAGGGGAGCAACAUUCACUGACUGCAUAGACCUCGGCAAAGCCCUGCUGACACGCAAGCACCGAGACUCUGCUGAGAUCAAAGAGAAGCUGGUGCAGCUGAUGGAGAAAAGGAAGGAGAUGAUGUUCAAGUGGGACGACAGAUGGGACUGGCUCAGACUCUUGCUGGAGGUGUGUCAGUUUGCGAGGGACGCAUCGGUGGCGGAGGCCUGGCUGAUCGCUCAGGAGCCGUACGUGUCCAGUAGAGACCUGGGCCACACGGUGGACGAGGUAGAGAAACUCCUCAAGAGGCACGAGGCCUUUGAGAAAUCCACCGCCACUUGGGAGGAGCGCUUUUCUGCACUGGAGCGCCUCACUACGCUGGAGCUGUUGGAGCUGAGGAAUCAGCAACAGGAGAUGGAACAGUUCAUUAAAGAAGCGCAAGGCUCAGAUAAGGACAGCAGGAGAGAAGACACAGGUUUCGUAGAAGAAUCUUCGCAGCUCGGCACUAUUGAGGAACAGACAAUGUCUGGUUCUGGAGCAGUUGAGCCCAGUUCAGCCCUGCUGGAAGAGACAGCCGGUGACUCCACAGUGCCCAUAGUGUCCGAAAUGAGAGAGAGUGGUUCUCUGGAGCUGGAACCCUCUAUCUCAAUAGUGACCCCAAAAGAACCAGAGAAGGCUGCCACCAUGCCCCUGGAGACCCUCAGAACCCAGACUGUGCUGCAGGAGGGCACGCUUGGACGCAAACACGAUGUGGGGGGUUCAGGAAAGAAAGCUUCAAAUAGGUCAUGGAACAACUUGUACUGCGUGCUGAAGCCCGGUCAGCUCUCAGCUUAUAAGGACGCCAAGAGCUUUGGCCAUGGGGUGACGUAUCACGGCGAGGACCCUCUGUCCCUCAGUAACGCCACCUGGGAGAUCCUCACCAACUACAAGAAAAAGAAGCACGUCUCCAAACUACGUCUUGGAGACGGCAGUGAAUAUUUGUUCCAGUGUAAAGACGAGGAGGAGCUCCAGCGUUGGAGCCAGGCCAUGGAGCAGGCCGUUCAGCCCCUGGCAGCGGAGGAGGCGUCGGGGCCCUCAGGGGCCAAAGCCCACAGCCUGCCUCCUCCCACCUCCUCAACUGCCCUCCCCGAGCCCAGCUCUGCCAAGAAAGACAAGGAGAAGAAGUUUAGUCGCUUUGCCAAAAAGAAGUGAAGAGAUGAGAAGGCCAUUGGAGGGGGGGGGGUUGCCGUGGAAACCCGGAAAGAGAAAGUAGUAUUUGUGUACAAUCAGUCAAAGACAGCUUUUUAAUCACUAGAUUUUUUUAUAUUAUUUUGCAAGAGUAAACCUAAAUUUAUUGUAGUUUAGGUUAAAGCAAUCACUUGUUUGCCUGUAUUUAAGCCAGUGUAUCAUUGCAAAGGUCAACUUUUUUUCUUUGUGUUGUUUUUAACAAAUGCCAAAUUCAAAGCAUAUAAAUUAAAGCACAGGAAUGCUCCUUUCACACUCAACCAAAGAAUGUUUGUAAAACUUUUAUUUUGCUGCAUUUUUUUGGGUUUAGUAUGGCAUGCUUUGAUAUAGCCAUGUACAAUAUGAAGGCCUGUAAUGAACAUGGGGUGACACAAGAGUACUAAGGGGUACUUUUAUUAAUCCGCCUUAUACAAUGGUUGUGAACUGUAAUACUGUGCUUUUUGAAUUUGGAGCGCUUAAUGCUACAUAUAGAACCAGAGUGAGUUUAACAGAUUUUAAAAAGCUUUGUAAAUGAGGUGUAAAAGACUUGGUGAAGAGCUAAACCGUAGUGCAGUGCUGUACAGUGCACACACACCAAGUGUAAUUGCAGGCAUGCAAACUAAAUGCUCUAUGCACUGUGAAGGGUUUGACUGUUGAGAUUUUAAAUUGGUCAUUAGACACCACAGUCGGUCAGUUUUGAUUAUUGAUCUAGUAAGGUCGGAUUCUAAACUGAACUGUGGCAUUAGUUAUUUCUGUGAACUUGAAAUAUAUUCAACACUUGUGUAUUGAACCCUAAAUUUCAUAUCUAUUCAUUAAAAUAUAUACACAGAGUAUAUACAACUACAGCUGCAUGAAGUAUGUUUUACGUUAGUUUGAUAUGGUGCUAUUGUGAUAUUCUUGAACCCUCAGUCAAGACCAAACUUGACCUGCCUUAUUUGUCUUCAACUUUGGCUUGUAGGGACACACAAAAACGUAUUCUGUUAGUAGAUAUCUGGGGGGUGUUUCAUAAGAAAAACAAUUAAAUGUUAAAAACUAUUGUAACAAAAAUUUACCAAACCACUGCCGGACUCAGACUCAAGUUAGCUGCAGCGCUCUACCUGUAAAUAAUGAAUUAACAGGUUGACAUUAACAAAGUCCUGAAUAUUCUGGGUAUACGUUUCUUCAAAUUUUAAGUGACAAAAAAAAAAAAAAAAAUAGAUGGUGAAGAAGCUGCAAAUAAUAAGUACAGUAAUGGGUCAAAGUUGAUUUGUAACUAUAUAUUAGUUGCAGUGCGUCAAAAGUUAACAUAUGUUAGCCAGAAUUAUGACCAAAUAAAAUACAUGACCUUAAAUUUGAAUAAUGCAAAAAGAGCAGCCCAAGUCAAAAUAUGUUAAAAUGUACAUGUACUUGUGUACAAAACACUGUAGCUAAGCUAAGCUUGAAAACUAACCUGACAAAAACCAGGCUAGUCUGGAAGUUAAACGUUUCCAUGGUCAACUAGGUGAGACUUACUUAAAACUAAUUUUUUAAGAAAAUUGUUUGAUUUAACUGGUAAUCUUGCUUUAUGAAACACCCCUCUGAUAUCACAAAUUACAUUUUAUUAACCACAAAUGCUGAGUGUCAAAUUGGAGCCAAUUACAAGUUUAAGCAGGCGUUCUUGUUAAAAGCAGAAAAAAAAGCCUGGACCAUAAUUCAACCAGUUUUUUACAGAAACAGCCAAAGUCAAGGACAAUCUGUGGGUCGGAUGAAUCUUGACUGCUUUUCCAAACCACACAACAGAACCAGGCAUGCUCUUUAUCUACGGGGAGGUUCAUACAGUUGCAUUAUGGAGCUGAGGGAAUGGGUCUUUAAUAUGAAUGUAAAGGAGGAAAAGAAAGAAGUGAGAAUUUGGUACCUUUCAACAAUAAAGCCAUUAUAGAAUAAGAAAUUCUAACCGAUAUACAGGGAAUAUAGAGUAUGUAAAGUACGUGGAACUGCAUUUAUAGAUGUUAAUUUGUCGCAUUCACUCACCCACUGCCGUCUUGCCUUGUAUUGUGGGCUCCGUCCCUGAACUAAGAUCCAACUCAAGUGACCUCAAUGAAAUGAUGGAAGUUAGGUGUAGAAAGAUCGAGACUGUUCAGCUCAAGAGGAAAUAUGGUAGCAUCAUGAUGAUCUGUCUAGAUCAUUAACAUAUAAAAAGGAAAAACAGUGUUAUAACAUCUAUGAUCUUCUUGUGGCCAUGUAAACAGCAAAUACAGAUGUUUUUUUUUUUUUUACUGCGUGCAGAGGGCCAGAAGAAUAUCACUUCUGUGCUUACAGUACCAGUACUCACAUUUCUUUCUGUUGUAAAAGCAAAGCACCUUUAAAUGGUUUGGGGAAACUUGCAUUAUAUUUACUCCGUCUUGUUUUUAUUGGUCACUAUCUACAGUAUCUCAGAUUCCGACACUUCCCACUCUGUUACCUCUAUCCACUGUUUAUUCCUCCACUCCUUCCUACCUGCCUUUUCUGUUCAGUGGUUUUUAAUCUGCAUUUUGUACUCUCUAGCUAUGUAAAAUAUCCCAAAAAUAAUGUUAACAGGAAAUAUCAACUACAUUUUGAGAGAAUAAACUUUAAAAUAAACUCCUGAAACUACA